CAGCCAGUUCGUGCUGUCGCGCGCUUGGAAGCUGCGCCCGUUCCUCGCACAACGGCCAGGAAGCUCUUGCCGAGCUGCACGCCAGGGAGCAGGAUUACUGGUGGCAGCACUUGGCACUUUCUCUGCAUGCUCCUUCAGCUUCGCAGAGCCAAGAUUCGCACUUACAUCAUCCUCUUCGAGAAAGUACAGCAGCAAACCGUGCGAAAUGUGUGUUUGGAAUUGCUGGUUCUAGGGCUGCCAAAUUGAAACUCACAGCAGGCUCUGCUGGUAGCAUCGCUUUUGAUCACCUUCCACAGCAAAUUAUGGCAUAUGCUGCGCACGCUGGGAAGAGCAGCCUGGGAGGGACCACAGGGGUGCACUUUGAUAGCAACUAUCGUGCUUCAGGGAGUUCUGAUAGCGCAGCAAGAAGAGGGCUGACGCCUCCUAAUCCCCGCUUUUCGUACCCCCAUUCCAUUCUGAAACGUGCUCGAUCAUCUGCAGUUUACCAAGCUGGUUCCUGGGUGUCACAUCGCAACAGAUGCUGCUGUAGAAAGCAGACCCCGAGUUUGCUCUCCCAGUCAGUCAACAUGGGUGCGGACUGUCGAAGGCCACAAAGAAGCCGGAGCAGGCACUCUGUAAAGCAACAUGACACCAGCUUAGGAUCAUUGCAGCUGACUUGUGAUAGACACGGCCGGUUAAUGAGUGCGGUAAAUAGAGGCGUCCCUUUGAGACGGAAAAACAGACAUAUGCAGACGAGUGCCAAAUGGAGAACGCCAGGGCAGGCUGAAUUGCAGGAAGAGGACCUAGCUAUCGACGUGCGGGAUGUGACGCUUUCCCUGGAGUCUGCAAGCAGAGACAGGGUCCAGAUCCUGAAGGGCGCCACACUGGCAGUUCCCCGGGGCGAGCUGUGGAUGCUGCUGGGCCCCAACGGGUGUGGAAAGUCCACACUAUUGAAAGCGCUUGCAGGACUGCUCGACCACAGUGGGGGGGAGCUGCGGAUAGCGCAGCCGUGCAGCUUCGUCUUCCAAAAUCCGGAUCACCAGGUCGUCAUGCCGACAGCAGGUGCUGACGUGGCGUUCGGGCUGGGGCGGAUGCACCUACCGGAAGACGAGGUGAAGCGGCGGGUGCAGGAGUCGCUCGAGAUUGUCGGCAUGGGCGACUACACUCGGCGGUCGGUGCAGACGUUGAGCGGGGGCCAGAAGCAGCGUGUGGCGAUCGCGGGCGCGCUGGCGGAACGGAGUCAGGUGCUGCUGUUGGACGAGCUGACGACGUUUCUGGACGAAGAGGAUCAGAUUGGGGUGUUAGAGGCGGUUAAAAACGUCGUUAGCAUGCAAUCGGGGGUCACUGCGCUUUGGGUCACGCAUCGGUUAGAGGAGCUGCCGUUUGCCGAUGGGGCCGCAUACAUGCACGACGGAAAGGUCGUAAUGCAUGGUAAUCCUGGGAAGAUUGAGCGUUACAUUGGACGAUUGCAAAAACAAGCAUUGGCGUUGCGAUAGCCACCAAGGCUGACUUUACUAAAUCGAAAGGCCGUGCAUUGGCGUACAUGAUUCUCUAGCA